AUGGGUGCAUCACAUUCAAAGAAACGAACAUCAUCUUCACCCAAAACGCCCAUUCGGGCAAAUAACACCCCAACCACAUCCUAUUCAAUAACGAAAAAGUUUAGGAUCAAACGAAAAGGAAGCGAUGAAAAUAAGUAUCGAGUUAAGGAUGAGGGCGAACCCUUGUCAUCAUCAAUAAGGGAAAAACAAAACAUCAUUUUUAACGGUCCGACAAUCGUUGAAACGGUACAGUUCUCUUCUCUGCAUCAACAACAACCUUCUGGGCUUAGCCAUCGAGAAAACUCUCUCUCAAGUAUGAGCACUACGAACACCUCUUCUUCCACCUUCUCUUGUGAUGAACCUCCUGUAAAUAAUAACACGAACAAUGGAAUUGUAACUCUUACGAUAAAGAACACAGAAUUGCGAGUGAAUUUCUCGAGCAUUGGAGAUCAGCACAUACGGUCUUGCAGAAGCAAGGUUUCUCACAAGGAACAAAACCAUCUAAGUUGUAAAUAUCCCUCUCCCUUGUCCGGAAGAAGAGCUUCAAUUCCUGUGCAUAAGGGAGAAAUGGUCCCUCCUGAUCUGCCUAUAUCUGUUAGAAAACGAAAAGAGGGAGACAGUGAGUGUCCCAAAAAACAGAGUAGAUCGCUGUCGCCUCCCAAAACAACAAGGACUUGUCCUUCAGUCACUAAUGAGCCGGUAGUUAUUUGCAUCAUUCCCCCUCCCGAACCUGCCCAAGAGCUUCAUCAAAAUCCAACACAAAAGAAAAGAAUUACGUUAAGAGAAGAGAAAACAAGAAAAUUGCAGCAAAUUAAGGAAAAUCCACAGUCCAAAAAGUGGACCAUAGACGAUUUGAAAAAACUCACAACCAAGAAAAGAAAAACUAAGAAUCCUUUCGUAGAUGAAGAGUUAAUUGAGUUGUACAACAAGUAA